AAUGUAGAUUGUGCCCUUGUACUCUCGACAUUGAUUUGUUUUAUAGGACUGCAGUGAUCUGAAUAGAGAAGUUUAUCAUGCGGCAAUCAAUGGAGGAGGAGCCAGUGACACAACCUGGACAAGAUGACAAUGAUGUAGGUUUGGCUCAGAUCUUGGCAGAAGUGGUUGAGGAAGUGAGACUCUCAAUAGACAGAGAUACUAAUGGUGCUGAUCUUCUGUACAGUCUCCUCAGUGCUCCUUGGCUUUGCUCUCUUCUCAGGGUAUAUGAGUGUCUGGUGCAGCACAGUCGAGAUGCCCCAAGCCCGUACCUGUCUUGUUCCUCAAGACUAUCUCAGGAGAUUAUGGCCAGUGUGCGAGGACUGGCUGCUCCUUCCUCUGAUGCACAAGAACUUUAUAUUUUACUGAAAUGCCCUCAUAUGCAGGCUUUGCUCUCUGCUCAUGAUUCUGUGGCCCAGAGGGACUAUGGUCCAGUGCUGCCGCCCCUUCCUGACAAACUGCCUGACAAUGAGGAGGCCAUGAGGAUUGUUUGCCUCAUGAAGAAUAAACAGCCUCUGGGGGUAACUAUUAGGAAGAAUGAAAGAACGGGGAACAUCUUUAUUGCAAGGGUGAUACAUGGAGGACUGGCAGAUCGCAGUGGACUUCUUCAUCCUGGCGACAAACUGGUGGAAGUGAAUGGACAGAAAGUGCGGGGACUGCAGCCCGAGCGCGUCAUUCAGAUGCUGGUACAAUCUCAGGGAAAUAUUCUUUUUAAAGUGAUCCCUAAUUCACCACAACCUGCCAACAGCCAACCAGCCCUAUAUGUGAGAGCCAUGGUGGAUUACAGUCCUCUGCAAGACCCUGCGAUCCCCUGCCCAGAUGCAGGCAUGGCUUUCAGUAAAGGUGACUUGCUGGAGAUUGUAGACCAGAGGGACAUCCGAUGGUGGCAGGCCAGGAAACUCCACAGUGCCUCAUUGUGUUGUGGCCUCAUACCCUCCACUAACCAAUUCAGAUAUAAGCAAAGGGAGUUAUGGUGGUCCCAACCUUAUCAAGCUCACACCUGCAUCAGACCCUUGAGCGCAGCAGAUAUUGGAGAAGAGGAGAUAAUGGAUGAGAACAAAUGCAUUGAAACAGAUGAAGAAGAUUUUGAGUUCGUGUCAGAGGAGGAUGAGAAUGGUGAACACAUGCAGGGAUUAUAUAUAGUGGGGUUCCGACACAGUCUGCGCGUGUGGAGGAGGAACAGCAAACGAAAGCCGUCAUGUUAUUCCUGUGAGGUCAGCAGCUGCCAUAACACCUCAGCCACCAUUUGUGAAGAGGUGCUCCACUACCAGCGCCACAUAGACGAUCCCCCCCGUCUUAUUGUGCUCAUUGGUCCAUCAGGAGUUGGUGUAAACGAACUACGCAGGAGGCUAAUCAAAAUCAACCCUAAUACGUACCAGGGACCAAUAUCUUACACAACAAGGUCCCAAAAAAUGGGUGAAAAGAAUGGACGGGAAUAUCACUUUGUGACCAAAGAAGUGUUUGCGUACAUGGUGGUUAAUCACAAAUUUCUUGAGUAUGGAGAGCAUAAUGGACACAUGUACGGCACCAGCUUAGACUCAGUCAAAGAUGUUUUGGACAAUGGAAAAAUAUGUGUUAUUGACCUUGAACCUCAUUGCAUUCAUUCAGUCAGAACCAAGAAGCUGAAACCCUACAUCAUAUUUGUGCGGCCCCCGUCCCCAACACGCAUGAGACAAACAAGAAAAGACCCACAUUUUCUUGCCAAUAGCAACAUUAAGAGAUGCUUUCAUGAUAAAGACUUUGAGGAGAUUGAGGAAGCAAGUAGGACCAUGGAAGCCAAGUAUCGUCAGUACUUUGACUGUGUGAUUGUGAACGAUGACCUGCAAGAUUCAUGCAUGGAUCUGUUCACGGCUAUACAACAUGCUCAAGAAGAACCACAGUGGAUUCCUGCCAGCUGGUUUGCUCCUGAUCAUCUAUGACAGACAGACAUGCAUAAGAACAAACAAGGGAAUUUUUGAAUGGUUAUAAUUAAUGUAAAAGAACUGAAUUUUGAAAAAACGAAUGCCUUUGUGUGAAGUUUAGGGAAAAUGAACUUUCAUGUGAACCCCUAAGUAAAAUCCUGUUUGUAGGAUUGCCUUGUCACCAGCAAUAGUUUGGAUUAUCAUGGUACAUACUAGUACAUAGUACAUACAGUAUACUAUAAACACAUAUUUAGGCAUUGAGGGUCUUCACUAGAUGUCUUAUGAGAUUUAUAGGUUUAUUUCUGGUGAUUUGAAGUAUGUUUACACUAGCGUAGAAGCAAUUUUUUUUGUCUGCUAAAUGAAGAAAUAUAAGUGUUAUUUAUGUCUUACAAGAACUGUCAAAAACGGCAUCUGUUACAGUUUAAUGUCAUAUAUAAUAUUUAAUAUAUAUAUAUAUAUAUAUAUUUUUUUUUAGUUAUAUACAAAUUUAGCCCAUGCAUGUGCUUAAGUUAAGUUGCAAAUAUGGCCAAGUCAAAAGAGCUCGCACAAAAGCUACAGAGAAGAAAAUGUUUUAUUACAUUUGGCUACAAGAAGAUUUCCAAGUCACUAAAAGAUGCUUCCUAGAGAUGCAGCUGGUAGCCUUAUUCAUACGUGUCAUUGUGAUGCCUUCGUUGCAGAGACUGAAGCUUGAUGAUCAAUGGACUUUCUAGCAGGGCUGCCCUCACUCACCGAUCUAUGCCACACUAAUUCCCUCCUUGGCAGCUGCACGUCUGUGAGGAUUAAGCCCAGGAUUAGACAGUUUUACGGCACAGCCAAGACUCUCCUCAUCUCACACCAACAACUACUGCGCCACCACGACUCCAGCCAGGCAAGAAUGGAAAGAAAACAAACGUCCUGAUUUUCGGGUGUGCGACAUCAAGACACCAGUG